UUAACGUCAAGAUUACCGUUCGUAGCGCGAUAACGCGCAGUUUCGCGACGAUAACGUAAUCGGUCAACCGUCUACAAUCGUAUGUCGCUCCGAUUUCGAAAGUACAUUAAUAGCUAGCUUCCGUUCACUCGCGUAUAAUCAACGUCGUGUAUAUUCUCGCUCUCGAUUGAAGUUGCGCACUUUUGGUUAACGCAUCCCGUCUCUAAGUGCCCCGUUUAAAAUUGGUUUGUCUUACAUGCACUUUUUGUCCUUAUACGGUGUAACAAGUAUACAUCUUCCAUUGGUAGAAAAGGAAAGAGAAAGUGAAAAGUACAAUCAAAUAAAUAGGCAUUUGCUCGUCGUGACUUUUAUGAUUAUGUCAUAUAUAGCAGCUAGCAGCUACGAGUGUUAAUGGGAUACAUAGAAAAGUAUAUAGCUUAUAAGAGGUCGCCAACAGGCAGAGGCACGGAGGGUGCGGAGGACGAGUCGCGCGUAUCGCAUCGGGGGCGUUUUAUUAGCGUAUGCACGUUCACUUCGGCCGGAGUAUUUGGUUUGCACAAGACCGCGUUCGAUUGUACCGUGAAUUUAAUGGAGCGCGAUACGGCUUCUCGCGGCUUAACGUGACAUUCUCUCUGGCUGCGAUUGGCUGCGAUCUCGACACGUCUCGACCGCGAGCAACCAGGAACGCGUGAUGCGUAUCCCGACGCUGUCAGCACAGUGCCAACAAGUCCCGCGAACGAUGUCCAGGUGUGAAUAGUAGUAGAUCCGAGUCGGAAAGGCUCGUUAACAAGACGCACGGGUCCAAGCGGGAAGGUAUGGAGGGUGUCAACGGUCAGCUGCAGACCAAGUAUCAGAAGAUUGCCACGGAAUAUUCAAAAAUUCGUGCACAAGCAAACGUUCUGAAGAAGGCUGUGAUAGAAGAACAAACGCGUAAUACGGAUAUUCGGAAUCAAUUGAAGGAGAAGGAGGUGGAACUUCGUCGAGCUGAACAGGAAUUGGACAGUUUGACAUUUCGCAAUCAGCAAUUGACAAAACGUAUAACUGUACUACAGGAGGAACUCGAUAAAGCACAGAAUAAAUCUAGUAAGAAAGGUAGGAACAAACAUACAACAGAGAACAACAGUCAGGUCCCAGCACCACCGAACAACAUCUUGGACGAGGAGUUUCAGAAAAAGAUAGUGGAGAAUGCUCAAUUGUUAUCGCAAAUCAGCGAUAAGGAUAGUGAAAUUGAAAGUUUGUAUGAAAGAAUACAGCAAUUAGAAUGUAAGAUCGAUCACUGCGAAAAGUCUAAAGUAGAGUCUGAGUGCCAGUACCAGAGUACGAUAGAUAAGCUAGAGAGAGAAAGGAAUGACCUACAGAGGAAAUUAAAUGACAGACAGAAACAAGAAGAAACGGUAUCGUGGUCCAGCAACGAGGGCAAGCGUGAUGGUUACGACUUUGACACGAGAGGAGUGCUCUCGAAUCAUCGUCAAACAGAAUUGUCUCCAUUUUCCUCGCCAUCUGCCUCACGUAGGUCCUCCAAAUCGCUCGGAGAAGGAAAGCCGCAAAAGCUGCAGGAGGAAAGUAACGAGUUUCUCUAUACAAAAUCAUCUGACUUGGAGAAGGAACUAAAUCAUUGGAAGGCUCAGUAUCAUAUAUUGAAGAUAAAAUUCGAUGAGGUGGAACAAAAGGAAUCAUCGACGGUAACUUCCCAAAGUGGUGACGAGGCGUUGAGAUCUCUGGAGAUAAACAAUAUGGUUGGCAAGUUGAGCGUUCCUUUCGCAUUACCCGAAGAGAUUGAAGCUCGCGAGUUGAAGAUCAGGGACUAUUUUCUAGAGGAAAUUGAAAAAUUGAUCAAUGAAAAAUACAUGUGUCAUAUAAAAAAUUUGGCCAUGGCCGCUAAUAACGAAGUUAUGCAUGUUCAGUUAGAUACGAGCGAGUCGAAGAGAGCGAAGUGCGAAGCGGCGCUACUGGAAGCACUUUCUAAUUGUAACAGCCUACAAAAGGAGAAAGAAACGCAAGAAGGAAAUUAUAAAUCGCAGUUCAACACUAUGAGCGAACAUCUUGCUAAUAUGAACGAGAAGCUCAUCUUCCAAACGGAGGAGAUACAACAACUGAAAUUUGAAUUAGCCAACAAGAAUAGUAAAAAAGGAAAGCAAAAGUGAUUCAGAUCAGAAAUACAUGAAAAGUUAAUUGACAUUCCACCAGUAACAUUGAUUUAAUCGCAAUCAUUGGUCUCUCGAUAUAACUUUAUGUACAUACAUACAAUUCAUACUCCUACAGCCAGGUGGUGAUUUACAUAGUUUUGCACAUACAUGUAUACAUUAUCUGUAGCUCGCGCGUUGAAGGGCUCUCUAAUUCGCUGUUUUAUUAUUUAUGCAAUCAGAACAAUUCUCUGAUGUUAAGACUUUCUCUUUUUACAAAUGCUUAUGUUGUUUAAUCUUAACUCGUUCUUUGCGUCAUAUAAGCGCAAUAAUUAUUUUUAUUUGCUCACACUUGAUUACAGUGACCAA